AUGCGGGUGUUUCCGAUUCCAUUACUCUCACAUGUGAGAGGAUUGAUUCGAAGAGCACCCUCUUCGCGUUUCUUCGUGGUCCCUGCACUUGCCUGGACGGACCCUACAGUGUCACACUCGGAGCAAGUGAAAGAAGGUAACUUUGAUGUUAAAGCAUUGGAGCUAAACGAAAUUGGGGUUCUUCGGGUGUUAACUAGCAUGAGGGAUGAUCCGUAUCUUGCUCUCUCCUUCCUGAAACGAAUUCAAGGAAAUGGGGCUUUGCCUAGUGUCCAAGCUUAUGCAGCUGUAAUCAGAAUCCUCUGUAGUUGGAGUCUUGAUGAGAAAUUGGAUCCGUUGUUUGUGGAACUCAUUAGAAAAGGAGACGAAGGACGCGGUUUCAGUGUCGCGGAUUUGUUGAAUGCCAUUGGAGAAGCCGAAAGGGAUGAGAGGAUGUGGAAUCUGUUACUGAGUAGGGUCUCUAGUGCAUUGGUUAAAGCCUAUGCUAACCUUGGAAUGUUUGACGAAGCUAUCAAUCUCUUCUGGGAGAUAGAGAGGUUUGGGUUGGUCGCGGAUGCACAUACUCAUGUUGUUGUGGUUCUUGCAUUGCAUAGAAACAGAGAUAGAGAAGGAGUAGAGAAGUUUCUUAUCAAGUUAUUAAGCUCAGAGACGAGGAACCCUCGCGUGUUUUACAUGGAUUUCAUUGAAGGGCUCUGUUUUAAUCGGAUGGCGAGUAUAGCUUAUCUUCUACUCCAGCCACUGAGGGUUGCAAAUAUUCUUGUGGACAAGAGAGAUCUUGCGAUGGCGUAUCGCAAAGUGGUCAGGGGUUUAUGCAAUGAGAUGAAACUAGAAGAGGCUGAAAACGCUCUUCUCGACAUGGAGGAAUGUGGGAUCGAUCCGGAUGUGUAUGUUUACUCGGCGAUAAUUGAAGGGCAUCGCAAGAACAUGGAUUUCACCAAAGCUCUGCAUUUUUUUGAUGAAGUGGCGCAGAGAGGGAAACGGAUAAACUGUGUGAUUGCAAGCUCGAUCCUUCGGUGCUUUUGUCAGAUGGGCAAGUUCUCGGAGGCUUAUCAUCUGUUUAAAGAGUUUAGAGACAAGAGCAUUUCACUCGAUAGGGUUUGCUACAAUGUCGCGUUUGAUGCUUUGGGAAAGCUUGGCAAAGUAGAAGAAGCUAUUGAGCUGUUCCGAGAGAUGGAGAGUGAAGGAAUAGCUCCUGACGUCGUCAACUACACGACUUUGAUAGGUGGUUGCUGUCUACAAGGUAAAUGUGAGGAAGCUCUUGAUCUGAUGACUGAAAUGGAAGGAAGAGGUCAAACACCUGAUAUCGUUACGUACAACGUACUCGCCGGUGGAUUAGCUCGGAAUGCAGAAAACGCAUCCGAAAUCCUAAAAGCAAUGGAAGCUCGAGGUGUAAAGCCCACUUCCGUUACACACAGCAUGGUCAUUAAAGGCUUGAUUGCUGCAGGUAGAAAAGAGGAGGCUGAAGCCUUCUAUGAGAGUUUGGAACAUCGUAAAUCUCGGGAAAACGAUGCGAGUUUCAUUAAAGGUUACUGUGAAGCUGGUCGUCUUGAUCAGGCCUUUGAAAGAUUCACUAGACUGGACUUUCCUCUUCCAAAGAAUGUGUAUUUCACACUGUUCACUAGUCUUUGCGCCGAGGAUGAUCACAUCGGGAAAGCUCAAUACUUGGUGGAAAGAAUGUGGAAACUUGGAGUUGAACCUGGGAAGAGCAUGUAUGGAAAGUUGAUUGGUGCUUGGUGUCGAGUCAAUAAAGUGAGAAAUGCCCAGCAGUUUCUUAGAUGUUUAGAUGGUAGAGAGAUAGUCCCUGAUUUGUUCACUUACACAACCAUGAUUAACACCUAUUGCCGGAAAAACAAGCUGAAGGAAGCCUACACUCUUUUCAAAGACAUGAAGAGGAGAGGAAUCAAACCUGAUGUGGUAACGUACACAGUUUUGCUCAAUCACAUUCCGGAAGUGGAUAUGAGUAGGGACAUGGAGGCCUGUGAUGUUAAGCCAGACGUUAUCUACUACACAACAAUGAUUAACACCUAUUGCCGGCUAAACAACCAGAAGAAAGCCUAUGCUCUUUUCCAAGACAUGAAGAUGAGAGGAAUCAUACCUGAUGUGGUAACGUACACAGUUUUGCUCAAGGACAAUCCAGAGUUGGAUAUGAAAAGGGAUAUGAAGGCAUGUGAUGUUAAACCAGACGUUUUCUACUACACGGUUUUGAUUGAUGGGCAGUGCAAGAUGAAUGACCUUAUAGCGGCGGAGAGGAUCUUUAUUCAAAUGAUUGAAAGUGGGGUGGAGACUGAUGCUGCGCCUUACACAUCACUAAUUGCUUGUUGUUGUAGGAAUGGAUAUGUUAAAGAGGCGAAAAGGAUCUUUGGUCGAAUGAUUGAAAGCGGGACAAAGCCUGAUAAAUUUAUGCAAGAACGUGCAUUAAGCCGACUGAUGAUGCAUCCCUGUCUGAAGUACAGCAUGCUAAAUUAA